AUAAAAAAAUCAGAAUCCAAAGCACCCCACAACUUUAAAAUCUCUGCUCCCUCACCCCAUUUGGGAUUCACACACCCACACCCACAGAGCCAGAAGACAAAGAAAUAUUUUUUUCUUUUUAGUUUAGUUUACUUGGUGAUCAGAAGCCCUACUUCAUGGAUUCAAAGAAGUCUAACAAGAUCAGUGAGAUUGUUAGGCUUCAGCAGAUCCUCAAGAAGUGGAAAAAGCUUGCAAAUGCACCAAAAAACAGCAACAAAAAUGGCAGCCACGGCUCUACUUCCUCCUCCUCCAACAAUGGCAGCAAGAGCAUCAAGUUCCUCAAGAAGACUCUCUCCUUCACAGACACUAGUUCAAUGCUUUCUACCGAGGUCGUCCCAAAAGGGUUUCUGGCCGUGUGCGUGGGGAAGGAGCUGAAGAGGUUCAUCAUCCCAACCGAGUACCUGGGUCACCAAGCAUUUGGGGUUCUGCUGAGGGAAGCCGAAGAAGAAUUCGGGUUUCAGCAGGAGGGUGUGCUCAAGAUCCCAUGUGAAGUGGCUGUGUUUGAGAGGAUCUUGAAGGUGGUGGAAGAGAAGAGAGACGUGUUCUUCCUGCAUGAGUUUGGAUUGAAUGCAGAGAAGGAGAUGAUUGGUUGUUGCUCAUCCUCAGAUUGUGAGCUCACACCUUCUCACCAUCCUCAAAUGUGUAGGUGAUCAGAAGAUGAGAAGAUCAGAUCAGAUCAGAUUUCACAUAUAAUAUUUUCAUAUAUAUAUCUUUUUUUUUUC